CCAUAUCACCCGAGCGCGGGCCCUACAAUUCUGUGAUUGUCUGCCAUUGUCCGCUAGCUUCUCAGCUAUAUAGCAUAUGUUAAUUUUUGCAAUUUUGAAGCUUCUCUUCAUUUUUGCCAUGCUGCUUUGUAGCGCUCGAAUUUUAAGUUCGUCCGUUGUGUCUAGCGAGAAGGCGGGAGGACAAGGGGUUUCAGGUUGUGGGGUUUACAAAACAAGCGUACCGAAGAUGGCUCUUGGAAGGGGACAAUCCUCAAAUGCGAAGGCUGUUCCUGCGAAGAGACGACGUUUAAGCUCGAACAUGAAAUCGGGAGACACCGUGGGUGACAUUCGGAAGAAGUUUCGGGGAGUUGCCUACCGUCGUCGCAAUGGCCGGUAUACUGUCGACGUGAGGUGGCGUGGUAUAAAGCUUUGUAGGGAAUGUGACUCGUGGGAAGAGGGAGCAUUAAUCUAUGACCUUGCGAAGCUGGAAACUAAGGCAAGCAAAAAGCCUCAGAAGCUGAAUUCUGAUUGGGAUUUUUUACAAGCUUUUAUCCUUAACAAUCCAUUUCCUGAUUCCCUGCCUUUAGAGAAAUUAAAGGACGCAAUAGUGAAUAAGGCUGUGAAAGCGGUCAAAGCAUGGAAGAUGUUUCUGGGCGACGAGAGUUUUCGGAAGUGGAGUGCCUGUGGCUAUGCUCCCGAAGAACUUGCUCAGACGAACGAAGUGAUCGUUGAUAAGAAUAGAUGUCUUCAGUCCGAAAAUGGAUAUUCUGUUAUAAAAGAUGAAUUCGAACGUUACAAGGCUGGAGUUGAACGUGAAAAGGCUGAAACAGAACGUCGUGCAGCUGAAUCGAAUGCCUUCAUUGACAGGAUUCUUCAAAAUGAGUGCAAGUUUAUCUUAUUUGACGGAAACGCGGCAGCAGAUACGAAUGAUUCGCGAAUUGGUGUUACCAAAAAAGGUCUUCUUGCCAUUCACAGUUUCGCCUCUCUACCAGAGAACAACUCCAUUGAUGAAAUGGGGGAUGCCGAAAUCGAGGGGCUGGUGCUAGAAAAUAAGAAUUUUUGCAAUAAAAUUUCUUUUCUGGAGAGUGAACUCAAUCGUUCCGAGUCUGAAACUGUAUAUGACAAGCUUAAAUGCGAGAAUCACAUGAAGGAACUUCAACGUUUGAUGGAUGAAAUCGAACCUGAAGAGUCUGAAGCGAUUGCUGUUCGUGGAAGAAAUAUUGAAAAUGAUGUCGAGAUGGCGGAGGUAUUUCCGGGAAACCCGGGAGCAGAUAGGAAUGAUUCGCGAAUUGAUGUUACCAAUGAAGGCUGGACUCCCGUCGACAGCGGAGCUCCUCUGGCGGAGAACAACUCCAUUGAUGAAAUGGGGGAUGCCGAAAUCGAGGGGCUGGAUCUUGGAUCUACGCGUGCCAUGAAGGAAUAUGCUGUUGUGAAGGCUGAGCUUGAACUUUGCGAGGUUAAAGCUUAACUUGGAAAGCUUUAUUACGAAUGUCCUGAUGCUGCAUUUGUAUAGAAGUGAGUGAUUCCUUCUUCGGGACAAUGUUUCACUUCUCUUUUAAUCACUUGCACAUAUUUAUAUGAUUUUAAAGCUUAGGUUGAUAGACCGACCGUUAGGCAGAAGUGUGAGAUGGCCUUGUCAGUUAGAGAUGGCCUUGUCAGUUAUUCUAUGAGCACACCAAAUCAAGUCAUGAGUGAUUUCGAAAAAUGCAACAAACAUAUUGUCUUAAGUGCCAUGAAUAGCCGUGUGAAAUGUAAUUUAGCAUUAUAAUUACUAAAAGAUUUUUCCAAGCAAUAGAAGUGCUAGUGUUGUAAUUGGAAGGGAGACUUUUCAACGUGUAAUACUCAAUAAGUUUUUUGGUAAUUCACACUUCUAUUGAUAUACUGAAA